AUGUUAAUGGACGAUUAUAAAUAUUUAUUUAAAGUUGUUCUUAUUGGUAAUGCUAGUGUUGGUAAAACAUGUCUUGUACGUCGAUUUUGUCAAGAUGUUUUUCCUGCUGGACAAGCAGCAACUAUUGGUGUUGAUUUUUUAAUUAAAACUGUUGAAGUUGAUGGAGAAAAAAUUAAGCUUCAAAUAUGGGAUACAGCUGGGCAAGAACGUUUUCGCUCAAUAACACAAUCAUAUUAUCGAUCUGCCAAUGCAUUGAUUAUUGUAUUUGAUAUAAAUAAUCUUGCUACAUUUUCAAGUCUUCCAGAUUGGGUUCGUGAAGUAAAAGCUUAUUCAAAUAAUGAUGUUUUAUGUACACUUGUGGGUAAUAAAUGUGACAUUAAUGAACGUGAAGUUCCAACACAUGUUGCAGAACAAUUUGCUGAAAAAAAUGAUAUGUGGUAUUUAGAAACAUCUGCUAAAAAUAGUGAUAAUGUAGAGAAAUUAUUUCAAACAAUUGCCGAAGAAUUAACAAUGAAAGCAAAAGAAUCAACUAUAGGUCCAUCAGAUAGUUUAAAUUCAGCAUUUUCUAAUGGAAAUCAACAAACAAAAUCGGUGAAAUCAAAUUGUUGUUAA